UUGUUUGUUCACAACUGUCUCUCUGAAGAUUAACACAAUAUGGAACUUCAUCUCGCUAUAUAUUAAGCCUUUCUUACAACUGUGUCAAAAUGAAACUUGUCACUUGACCACUCAAAACCACACCCUUCAGAACCGAAAAUUUUCUGUGAACCCAGCAAAAACCUCUUGCCAAGUUCUGUUUUGUUUGUCACUGAAAAUUCUGUGAACCCCUACUAAACCUCUUACCAAGUUUUUGUUUUGUUUGUCACUGAGUACUGUGAUCUCCAACUGGGUUGGUUUGUUUUCAUCAAUCAGAAGUUUGGUUCUCUCACUUCAUAAACCAUUGAAAGACUAUUUGGCAUGGAUUGGUACUAUGGAUGUGAAAAUAGUGAAUUUGUUUUACCAAAAGAUCAAGAAGAUUUACUGGAAAGGUAUUCUUCACCAGGGCGCUGGUCAGAAUGGGGAAUAAAAGCACCUGAAUGCUUUAAUUCAACUCAGGAGGAGUAUUUGAGCAAGAACACAGAUGCAACAGAGGUAGAAUUCAAUUUCAUUGAUAAAAGUUUCGAAGAUGAAAUUGAAUUUGACCCUUAUCUACAAGACAAAGAUCAAUCUAGCAGCUCAAGUGUGUGUGGAGGAUUGUCUGAGCAAUUUCAACAAACAGGACUCUCGUGUGAUCAUCAGUCCAAAUACGAACUUCAAGACCUAUCGACUUUCGAACAUGUGGAUGACAUUUUCUUGUACAAGCAACUCUAUAAGAAUGAACCUGUUAUAGCAUGGGAUUCUGUACUUGAAGAUUUUCCCUGUGUUGAAAACCUUCACAAAUCUUUCCUUUAUCCUGAGAACCAAAGCAGCAACACCAACGGUGUAGUGCAGAAAGAUGUUGCAGCUUCAGGGUUUGUUCCUUGCAACUCUGACUCUAAGGAUUGCCAGGAUAUAGAGGCACGUGCAAUCAAAAUCUUGGACCCUUUUGAGCAGUCUAAUGGAGACAAGAUCAUGCCUGAGCAGUUAUCCCUUGAGGAAUUCACACUGCAGGGCUUUGAGAUGUUAAUUGCACAGUUAACAGAGAAAACUCGAAUCUGCUUCCGAGAUGCCCUGUUUCGCCUUGCCAAAAAUACAAAACAUGUAGUAGAGGAUUUGGAUGGAGACCUUAACAUGCAUCAAGAAAUGCCACACUCAGUUUGCAAUGAAACAAUGAGGUCUGUGGACAAAAAACCAAUGGAAUCAGAGACCAACAUUGUUGACAGAGCUGUUGCAAACCUCAUGUUCAACAAGAUGGAAAUCAACAUACUAGAUAUUCCUUUUACAACACUAGUUAACAUGAAGCGGGAAGUUACUGGAAGUAGAGUUCUUCAAGAACAAAGCUCAAAAGCCUUGGAUGUAACACAAAAAUCUCAUUCUCCUCACCCAGAAAAGUUACCUGCACAUGCUUAGGUUCCAUUCCAAGGAUGAACUAGUAAAGCAGAGAAUCAUAUAUUGCCAAUGAAGAUCCUACUUAGAAGUCAUUCAUGCCUGAGUUUAGUUAAAUGAUGUUUUUGUAGCUGCUUCCUAGUACCUAAACCAAAAAAAAACAAAGUAGAAAAACUAAUUUCCUGUAAUUAAGCAACCCCUUAAAGUGGCAAGGAAUUUUGACUAGUUUUGGCUUCUGAGAUCUCUAUGUACAUAUGCUUUUGCACUUACAUUAUUUGUGUUCUGCAGCUUCUAUCAAUGGCUGAAUGUACCCAUCAGCUCAAUUUUGAUUUU